CUGACUGCCGAUUUCCCCCCGCUCCGCCAGUCCGCCCUGUCCGCGCCUUCGCCUGCCCUAGCGCGUCGCCGCCGCCUUGUGCCUCGCCGCCCAGGCCUGUCGUCGCCGUCCGCCCGAGCUCGUCACCCCCGGGACCCGGCGCCCACGCGCGGCCGCGCAGGCCGGCCGCCGGCGCAGCGCCAGCGCUAGCGCUCGCGGCUCGCGGCCCGCCCCAGCUCCGCCGUUCCAGCCGCCUGUCGCGCUCAGCUAGAGGGGCGGCGGUGGAGGGUGCAUCGAGAGGAGGUGGCCGAGGUUGCCGCCUGCGUGCGCGGCUCCCGACACGGCGGAUCCCUCCAUCUCCUCGAUCCGGAGCCACUGUCCAUUGAGCAAGAAGACAGCUAGCGGCUACCCAAUCUGCCAGUGAACCAAGGUGAUUAGGUGAACAGAGGAUCGACAAAUUUAUUCAUAUUUCGUGAAAACUAGAAAUGCCCGCGGCGUUGCAGCUUAUGGCCAGUGCUUGGCUCACGUUUUUUUCUUAAUCCUCUGUUGAAGCGAGGUAGAUGGGUAUUCAGCUUUUUAUAUGCUGGUUCUGAGAUCUCUUACAUGUGAACUAAUUUGUUCUUUUUAGUAAAGCAUUGUAAAUGUUGUUAGAUAUCAAAUUAUUGAUUAAUUGUAGAAGUAUGGGAACAUUGUGGGCAAUGAGAAAUUGUCAACACAAGUGAAUCUAAUUUUUCUCCUCAAAAGAUAGGCAUCUUAAAGCCUGUCAUUUCAUCAUAUACACAAUGAUAUGGUGCAUAGAAAUGUUCUUGGCUGUCUAAAGCUUUGGUAGUUGGUACUCAACCAAAAGAUACAUAGUAAGAGCAUUAAUUAACCAAAGUUGUAUCCACAAACUUUAAGCAAAAGGAGCGGUUCACAUUGGUGGUCCCUGUACAAUAAAAUACACACUUUGUAUAACGAAAAAGAUAAUAUUAGAUAAAUACUAAUGUUAAUAUCAGUUAUGAUAAUAUGGAUGUCUAAAGAAAUUUAUUUAGCUGGUAUUUCAUGCCUUUUUUACUUUUGGUCUUUGCUUAUUUGGGAUCAGUUUCUGGUGCUAGUUCCUGAUAAUACAUAGUAAUAUUUUGUUAGAAUAAGUAUUCACACUUUGAACAAUAAAUCAAUCUAUCAGAUCAACCAAUUGCUUCUGCAAAUCCACGCCACUAAUCAACCCAACCCAACACACUCUUGUACUACUACGACUCCUCUUCAGACUUUCAGAGCCCAUCCAAUCACACUAAAAAGAAAAAAGAAAAUACAAAUUCAAGAAAUAUCUCAAUUACAAAUAAAUUGAAGAGUCAAAUGUGAUUCAUGGGUACAAUAUAAGAUAAGAUACAUAUGCUAUACAGUUUACCAUGAAUUCAUGAUAUAUGUGCGAUAUAUGCUAAGCGGGUAAUGAAUGGUGCAAAUAUGAAGAAUCCUACUGAAAAACAAGCAAACUAUGGUUUCUUGUAUGACAAACUGGAACAUUUUGCUGAUCUGGGAAAUCCAGUGCUGAAAGUACAAGGAGUGACAGAGAGGGAAACAACUGCAUGACCCCAUUAUGUGAAACCAAAAUCUAACAAACACCCUGUGAAUGGUGAUCUUGAAAAGGGAACUCCAAGUGAUUACAGCAAGCACAUCUCUGGACAAACUGAUCACUUGGAUGAAAAAAAUGUGCAUCGACCUGUUUCUGCCAUGAAGGAGAAGUGCAAAGCCUCCUGUUCCUGACGAUGCCUAUGGUGAGGUGCCUAACAAUCGGAAGAAGGCCAUAGGCCAAACACCCAGCAUUCCCAGAAGCCACUCAAGCAGGCAGAAUGGUUCUAAAUUUGAUCAUGAUCCGAGCAGAAAAGUGACAUCAGAUAUUUUCAUGAUUAUUCUGAUGCAGUGGUCAUUUGGUCUCCAGUAUUAGUUUCAGAUCAGACCUGUGAUGACUCUAAGGAAGAGAAACUUGUUGCAGUGAUGGAGAAACAGGUCAAAAAGCUCACGGAAGUAAUUGCAGAAGAACCGGAGCAAAGGAGUACUGUUCACAAGUCUGCUUGCAUGGUAAAAGUGGAGGAUCCACCAAUCCUAUGCAUCUUGCCUAAGGUAGAAGCCACGGAUAUUCCUGAUAAGAUAGUGUGUGCCGAGACCAUCAAGGAAGAUGCUUCCACUGUCACUUGUGAGGUCGGCCAGUCUAAUCUUCUUGUCAAUACACUUAGCAGAUUUGCCUAUGUUUUUUAUGGCAUUUCAUCGAGCAGUUGCUGGGUGGCUGGGCGUCAUCCAUUUAGAUGAGGCAGGGAAGGGGCUUCAGGUUGUUGGUGCUGAGAGGGAAGCAGGAGAGGGAAGCAGGUCGAGCGCACCUCGGCGGUGCGCAACCACGCCGGCAGGAGGCUCGGAGACGCCGAUCGCGGUACCCCAACUUUUCCCCUCACCACGCCGAUGGAAUCAGACGCCGAGGAGGAGGCCGCGGCAACCCCGGCGGCAGUGGCGGGGCCGGCUGCGGGGCGACUGAAGGGAAGCCCAGAGCUGACUGUGGACGCGGACAUGCAAGAGAUGGCUAAGGCGGCCGCGUGGAGCGUCAGCUCCUGCAAGGCCGGCAAUGGCGUCGCAGCCCUCCGCGAUGACAACCUAGACACCUACUGGCAGUCGGACGGCGCGCAGCCGCACCUGGUGAAUAUCCAGUUCCAGAAGAAGGUGCAGCUGCAGCUUGUUGUGCUCUACGUGGAUUUCAAGCUCGACGAGAGCUACACACCGAGCAAGAUCUCCAUCCGGGCCGGGGAUGGCUUCCACAACCUCAAGGAAGUUAAAACUGUGGAGCUUGCAAAGCCAGUUGGUUGGGUCCAUAUAUCAUUAUCUGGGGCUGAUCCACGAGAAACAUUCAUUCAUACAUUUAUGCUCCAAAUUGCGAUUUUGUCCAAUCACCUAAACGGGCGGGACACUCAUAUCCGACAGAUCAAGAUCUAUGGGCCAAGACCGAAUCCUGUUCCCCACCAGCCAUUUCAUUUUACUUCCAGGGAGUUCAUCACAUACUCCACCAUUAGAUGACAAUCAGCAAACCUAGUUGUCUGUAGUCCUCCAUGCUGGAGUUGCCUGCUGAAGAUUGGAGAGAGCUUAUACAGUUCAGAGUUAAGGUUUGCAGUUGCAAGCUUUGAUCAGUGCAGGCGGGAUUCAACACUUGAAGCAUCUGUCGAAGCCCUAGUUGCCUUUCAAGCAUCAACUGGAGAACUGACAUUUUUCGUACGAAUUAACUAUUGGUAUCCAUUAAUGUAUAACAGUAUUUACCUUCAUGUGCUUGAGAGCUUCUCUGGGAGAAUAUCGUCCUGGGAACUCCGUUUCACCUUUUUAAAACUAUUUCUGACACUUACCUGAUUCAUUUGAUAUAGAUUAGUUAUUAUGAUGAUCUUUUUUAGCUAAA